AUGCUUGGUGCUUCAAGCAGCGAUGAGGACGACGAUGAUAUUGUAGAGAAUGAGGACAACAACGACGUCCUGGGAAUCCCUCGACCCAUCGCCGCCCUCCAGCAAGCUGCUAGCCCGCGAUCCAGCUCGCCGGCCCCUUCUGAUUCCUUCAGCCAAGCCAACAGCCUCAAACACAGCGACAGUUCCUUCGCCAAACGAGACCGCAAUUCGUUUCGGACAGGGAACGCUCCGCGAAAAGUGAGUUUGUUUGAUUAUCUUAAUCUUCGUUUUAGAAACCCUCAAGUAGUACUGUAACAAAUCGGCCAGUCGCUCAAUCAUCGCAAGAUAUCUCAGAUGAAGAAGAUGAGUGUUACAGUCAGCCGGUGGCUACAGAUGAACCGAAACUCUCAAAGGAAGAACAGGAACGGAGAAGGUGGGUGCUCCUCUAUUACAGGACUGAUUUGUAGGGCGGAGGAGGAGGAAGAAGAACGUCGGAAAAACCUACAACUUUAUGUAUUCGUUGCCAAAUGUGUUGCAUAUCAUUUCAAUGCCAAACAGCCUACAGAUAUGGCCAAACGACAGCUAAAAAUAACAAAGCAAGAGUUGGCAAGGAUAAAAGAUCGUUUCCAGACGUUCCUCAAAGGAGAGACGCAGAUUCCGGCAGAUGAAGCCUUCACCAAAGCGAUCGAUUCCUACUUCGAAAUAUUCCUGAAAUCCGAACGGGUAGCCAAAGUUGUGCAAGCAGGCGGAUUCUCGGCUCACGACUUUAGAGAGGUGUUCAGAUGUAAUGUUGAGAAGAGAAUCAGAAGUCUACCAGAGAUUGAAGGACUGAGUAAAGAGACUGUUCUCACAUCAUGGCUAUCAAAGUUUGACACAAUAAUGAAAGGAGAUGAAGAUCAACACGGAAGACAGGCCAGAGGAAGAAUGAGAGGGAUGAAUCAACAGAACGGAGAUGCAAUAAUGUCCAAAGAACAAUUGUACGACAUGUUCCAGCAGAUUAUGAAUAUAAAAAAGUUCGAACAUCAAAUCAUCUUCAAUUCUCUACAACUUGACAAUCCUGAUGAACAAGCGGCAGCUAUUCGCCGAGAAGUGGCGACAAGGGAAGAAGUUCUCCGAGAAAUGCCUAGGGUAAGUUAUCUGGAUCGCGUAAUGCUUAAAUUACAGUUGCGUAAAAUCAUGCCGAAAUUUGUGGUGAAAAACAUGGAUACCUUAUUCAUGGAUGAGGUCCGGCAGUCGAUCAAUCAGCUUAUCCAGAAUCUGGAAUCUGUUCCAGUAACGCCCCGAGGGCAAACACUUAACCGGAAAAAGGACGGUAAAAGUCGAUCUCGGUAAGGACGGUCAUCUCUCCUCUGUUUUCAUUACUUUCGGUCCUCAUUUCAAUUUCGAUUAUUUCGGUCAGAUUUCUCUUAAUUUAUCUUUUGUUCCGUUUCAGAUUCUCGUUCAAAAUCAAAAGGUAAAAUACUCCUUAAGAAGUUCUAUCCUGUCCGUUCACCUCACAGUCCAUCUUUCUUUCCAUUAAUGUCAUCUUUUCUUUCCUGAUCACUCUUUCCUGGCCUUCCAUUCCUUUGUUCACCACUACCUCAAUGUUUUUGAAUCGUUCGCUCAAACAGGUCCUUGUAAUUGCCGAUGGAUUAAUCCACAUUAACAUCAGCAAAACUGGAAAAAUAGAAAAACUUAACAUACUAACUUUGAGAAUACCGAGCAAUUAACAGUUUUGAUUACAAGCACCCUUGGUCACUGGUUCCAAUCUUUUGUGUUACAGUAAAUUGUCUGAAAGCACGAUUGGAUGGCACGAGUUUACAGUUUUACUAACCGUUUCCCCACAUUGUAAAUAACACUGAGAGUUUAAAUUCUGAUAUGAUUUGUGAGCCGAAUGUAAUUGAUUAACCGUUUUUAGAUCGCGGAGCAUCGAGGACUUGUCCUUGUUCAACAGGUAAGGAUCGAUCCUUGUUUUCGGUGUGUUUUGCCGGGUUGGGUGGCGAUCAGUGUAGUUAGGCAGUAGCCGUAUGUUGUAGUUAGGCAGGGAUUGUGCUCGCUUUUGUGAUUGAUGAUUGGCUCGCUUUUAAACUCGCAAAACGCAAUCUCAAUUGACAACCGAAUAUUUAAUCAAGUAGAUGUUUGACUGUAAAUUCCGUUUAGCAGUAUCGUACUCCUGGAAAUGGCUAUAUCGUGUCCCCUGUGAUAUUCGGUUUAUGUUUACUUUAUUUUGCUUUCAUUGGGUACCGUCUCCAUUCCAACCUUCUUGUAUAUUACCCUUGCAUGGCUAUCGGCUUAUCCUCUUUGUAAAAGGCUUUCAAUUCCUUGUUAGUGUAUUAUAUUCGAUUUAUCAAUAUUUCAGUCUAAAACGCCGGACCAGUUCAAUGUCGUUGAAUAAAGGUGAAAGUGAGGAUGCAGAAGUUUCGCUGACAAAAAGCGAUGUGACACUAAGUUUUAAUAUGGAGGUCAGUAAUCGUAGUAUAAAAAAAAGAUUGCAAUUGCAGGUAGUAGUAAUGGAAGUGCAAAAUUUAAAGUCAGUCCAGCCAAAUAGAAUUGUUUAUUGCACUAUGGAAGUGGAUCACUGCUCAAAGCUUCAAACAGACCAUGCCGAAGCCUCAAAACCACAGUAAGUCAUCAAUAUUUCUAUCUCUCAUUUCUCUAGAUGGGACACACAGGGCGACUUUACAACCAAACACCCACUGCCCACUGUAAAAGUGAAGUUAUACGCCGAAGUAAAGAAUCUAGUGUCAUUUGAAGACAAAGAAUUGGGGAAAGUGAUCAUUCAACCCACUCCCAAUUGCUCCAGAAUCCCCGAAUGGUACAAGAUGACAGUCCCGAAGAGUAGUCCAGAUCAAGGCCUCAAAAUCAGAAUUGCUAUUCGGGUUGAGAAGCCACCGAAUCUGAAGUACUGUGGAUAUUGUUAUGCUAUUGGAAAGAUUGCCUGGAAGAAGUGGAAGCGCAGAUUUUUCUGUCUAGUACAAGUAAGUCCAGAAGGCGCUAUGACUUUUCGGAUCAACGAUACAAUGGAUCGCGUUGGUUCCUCGUUAUGCAUGGGGGAGGCUUAGUUAGUAGAAAAAGCAAGAUCGGGUCCUAGGAUAGCUUAUCACCUAUUUUUGGGUAUUUUACAUGUAGUCACAUCUAAAAUAUCUAGACAAAAGUUACGGAUCUUCUUUUUUUGCCGCAAAUUUUUGUCUUUUAUAUGUUACAAUACUGAGCGUAAAGAAAAUUAACGUUUCGCCAACAAAGAACCCACCUGCCCUACGCCCCGUAUCGAUCGUUUGUGUUGACCCGAACUGUCGUCGACCCGAAAGACGCCGUCCAUAACUAUAAACUUGUCAUAAUUAUGAAAUUCGCAUGGUGACUUUUAAUACUUUGCAGGUGUCCCAGUAUGCCUUUGCUAUGUGCAGUUAUCGGGAAAAGAAGUCCGAUCCCACAGAAUUCAUCCAACUGGAAGGCUUUACUAUCGAUUAUAUGCCAGAACCAGACCAAGGUGAGUAUAUAACCUUUCAGUAUAAUUUUUUUCGGAGAUUGAUAAUUGGGGAAACUGAAAAAUGCUUUUUUCCAUAUAUAUGUAUUAUAUAAGUAACUAAGUCAUAUCAGAAGGUGGAAUAGUAGUAUGGCCCGUAAUUUGCCCCUUUUUCUUGAUUUUUUUGUCACCAUACAGUACCCAUAAUAAAACUCCCUCCAUGUUCUGAUAUCGCUUACAUGCAAGAAAAAUGUUUUUCAGUUUUCCCAAUUCUCAACUUCCCCAAUUUUUUAUUUUUCCCCCAAUUGACGACGUUCCAAAUUUUUUAGAUCUAUACCCUCAGGGCGGCAAGUUCUUCUUCACUGCAAUCAAAGAAGGAGAUGAACUCAAAUUUGCGACGGAGGACGAGAAUGAGCGUCAUUUAUGGGUACAAGCGUUGUACCGAGCCACUGGCCAAGCCUACAAACCAGUGCCACCAAAACAGUCGUCGAUUACUCCAUCUAAAGCAGUAGCCGAUAAAGCCAGCAAACACGGAUUAGACGAGUUCAUCCAAGCCGAUCCAGUCAUCAACCAUGACCAUCUUUUUAUGAGACUCCAAACGCUGACACUUGAUUAUCGACUGGCAGAACCAAUUUGUUCGUUAGGAUGGUUCUCUCCGGGCCAGGUAUUCGUGUUGGACGAAUAUUGUGCAAGAUACAUGGUCAGAGGAUGUCAUCGACAUGUCUCUUUAUUAAACGAUCUUCUGAACAAAGCUAAUGAUGGGUACCUUGUCGAUCCAACUCUAAUCCAUUACUCUUUCGCUUUUUGUGCUUCUCAUGUUCAUGGUAAUCGGUAAGACAACCAAGGAGAGUUGCCAGAAUGAUUAUAUAUUACUUAAGACCGGAUGGAGUUGGCACUGUAACAUUAGAGGAAAAGGAGAAAUUCCAAGACGUGAAAGAGCGACUCAGAGUACUGCUGGAGAAACAGAUAACCAAUUUCAGAUACUGUUUUCCAUUCGGCCGGCCCGAAGGAGCAUUAAAAGGAACAUUGUCCUUGUUAGAAAGGGUAAGAUUGAUAGGCGUUAAAUGGAGACAGGGUACAUCAAGAUGGAUGGACUCUUUUCCCUGACAUAACAACGCCAUAAAUUUAAUCCUGAAUUUAGGUUCUCAUGAAAGAUGUAGUCUCCCCAGUGCCUCCAGAAGAAGUUCGCUCCGUAAUCAGAAAGUGCUUAUCAGAAGCGGCAUUUCUCAAUUAUAAUCGUCUGUGUAAUGAAGCCUUAAUAGCUCGUAAGAAAAAUAAUCAAAUCCGGAAAAGAACAAUACAAUUAUAGAAAGAAUGAGCCAAGACGUGAGUCCACAACAACGAAUCGAGGAUAUGAUUCGUAUCACCGAACUCUGUAUCGAUCUUCUCAAAGAAAACGAAGAGCAUCACGGCGAGGUAGGUGGCUUCUUUUCUCUGGCCAAGGUGUGGUUUCCAAGCUUUGGAUCAAUAAUCGUUUCCAUAAUCUUAACUAUUUACAUUUCAGCAGCUUCGAGGGGUGAGUGGGCGUUCUAUCUUAUCCAAUACCUGGUGAUACGUAACCUUUUCUUUCGCGAUUUAUUUACACUUACCCCAGUCAGUCUUGUUACCGUAUCCUCGCGUUGUGUAUUUCAAUAUACUUUCACCUGGAAUACGUGACAGACUGAUAACGCACCCCAUGUUACACCCACCCUCACUAAAUCACUGUCACUUGCCCACUGUCACUCUGCACUCUCUUUUCAUCACCUGUUAUACUGUAUUUCAGGCCUUCGCAUGGUUCAGCGAUUUGCUGGCGGAUCACUCGGAGACAUUCUGGUCCUUGUAUUCAGUCGAUCUGGAUGAAGCCCUCAAAGUCCAACCCCCUGAUUCCUGGGAUGCCUUCCCGUUAUUCCAACUUCUCAACGACUUCUUAUGUUCCGAACCCUCACUGAAGAUGGGAACAUUCCACAAGACAUUGGUGGAGAAAUUUGAACCCAUGGUGGGCCGAUACGUCGACCUCAUGGAGCAUUCGAUAUCACAAUCGAUAGAGAAAGGGUUCUCAAAAGAGAAGUGGGAACAGCGGAAGGACGGGUGUGCAACCUCGGAGGAUAUCUACUGGAAGUUGGAUGCUCUUCAAGGAUUCAUUCAUGAUCUCAAUUGGCCUGAGGAGGACUUUGCCAAAUUUCUGCAGAACCGAAUGAAAACUCUGACCAGUGAGAUGAUUGUAAAGUGCGCUCAAUGGUAAGACCAUGCAAGAAACGAAUAGCCUCCACAUUUCAGUACAUUCCAAGCCUUUGACAAUCAUAUGCAAAGGGCAAAGAAGUCAGUGGAAUAUGUGCUCGCAUCAGAGACUUGUGUUAUGAUCAAUGUAAUGUUCUCAUCAAGACAGCGAGCAGUUAAACUGAGUCUGGAUUCUGGAGAGGUACGAAAUGUAUCAUCCGAAGCAUUCGCGAAUAAUUUCAGAUCAAAUACCAAUCAAAACUCGACGAAACCCUCGAGACCAUGAUUCAUGACAUGGAGACUUGUGUAUACGACAAACUCCUGUCAAUUUUGGAGUAUGUUCUCUCAAAGUUAGCCAGAUAUGAUGAAGGAAAUCCCAUCGGAGCGAUCUUGUCGGUAGCCCCAAAACCCGGAUUUCUUUUUAACAAAGUGAAAAGCUUCGUAGGAGAUCAAUCAAACCACACAAACUCCAACAAUUCCGCUGCCUUGACUAACUCACAAAAGGCAUCUGCAGCACAAAAAGAUUCUGGCCAUAUCGGAAAUCAAUAUGUCGCAUUUAUGACACAAUCGGCAGAGCAAUUGCAAUGUGUGAUCACAGAUGAAGUCUGGGUGACCAAUAUCUUUGGGGUAAGUCGAUAAAGCCCAUAACAAGACAAGCUAAUUCCUUUUUCAGAAGUGGUAUGAUGGUCAAUUGAAAAUGAUCAACGAGUGGCUAGCUGAGAGAAUUCAACAAUCUCUGCAUCCCUAUCAACUACAAUGUCUCAACUUCAUGGUCAAGGUAAGCAAAUAUCCAUUGAAGAUAUUACUUUUCAGAAAAUCCACACGGACUUUGAAUUACAUGGAAUCGAGCCGGAGCGUCUGGAAACAGGAGUUCUGAAGGCGAUCAACCAACGCCUCCAAUUGGAGGAGACCAACUGUGCCUUAAAUGACCGCAGUAUCAGCGGAUCUUCGUCCCAUCAUGGUGGAAGCAACAAUCUCCUCAAUCUGGGCAACAUCUCCCACGCUUCCCAAGCUGUCUCCAACAUGGGGAGCAUGGUGGAGGGAGCUGGGGCCAAGGUGUUCUCCUUGUUCUCCAAAUGA